GGGCAGUCGGGCGGAGAAGAGACCCAUCAGGCCGUCGUAUAUAAAUGAAAAACAGGGACAGUGACUGUAGAGCGUUUGACAAAUAGACUUGCGUUCUUCAACCGUCCACAGUUCAAAGACUCGUCGAAGCCUUUAUAAUACACACCUUCUUGCCCGGACAUUAACGCGAGUAGUUGGUAGGCGGCACGGCACAAUCAGAGCAAACCGAUAACUCAACUGCGAUAACCUAAGCCCAAAAACACCCAAGCAAGGAAGAAUGAAGUACGUUUUGGUGACCGGAGGAGUGGUGAGUGGCCUCGGAAAGGGUGUAACUGCCAGCAGUAUCGGUGUUGUUCUCAAAGCCUGCGGCCUUCGCGUUACCUCCAUCAAAAUUGAUCCAUAUUUGAACACUGAUGCCGGUACAAUGUCUCCUUUCGAGCAUGGGGAAGUUUUUGUGCUCGACGAUGGUGGAGAGGUUGAUCUAGAUUUGGGCAAUUAUGAACGGUUUUUAGAUGUGACACUUACGAGGGACAACAAUAUUACAACAGGGAAGAUAUAUCAGUCCGUGCUUGAGAAGGAACGAAGAGGUGACUAUCUUGGAAAAACUGUUCAGGUUGUCCCACACAUUACUGAUGCCAUUAAGAAUUGGAUUGAAUCAGUAUCUCAAAUUCCAGUUGAUGGGAAGGAGGGCCCUGCUGAUGUUUGCGUGAUAGAAUUAGGAGGAACUGUAGGUGAUAUUGAAUCAAUGCCCUUCAUUGAGGCCUUAAGGCAAUUAUUUUUUACCGUUGGGCAAGACAAUUUUUGUCUAAUUCAUGUCAGUCUCAUACCUGUAUUGGGUGUUGUGGGUGAACAGAAAACAAAGCCUACACAACAUAGUGUGCGGGAACUGAGAGCAUUAGGCUUGACUCCCCACUUCUUAGCAUGUCGCUCAGCACAGCCUUUGCUGGAAAAUACAAAGCAAAAACUUUCACAGUUUUGCCAUGUCCCAGUUAGCAACAUUCUCAAUAUCCAUGAUGUUCCAAAUAUUUGGCAUAUUCCUCUCUUGCUUCGGAACCAAAAUGCUCAUAAUGCCAUUCUGAAGCAACUGGACUUGGUGAAUGAUGCUACACAACCUGACUUACAGGAGUGGACCAGGAGGGCUGAGACUUUUGAUAAUCUCACUAAUUCUGUAAGAAUUGCAAUGGUUGGGAAGUAUGUUGGACUGACAGAUUCCUACUUAUCUGUAGUGAAGGCUCUCCUUCAUGCCUGCAUUUCAUGUUCAAUGAAACCAUCAAUUGACUGGAUUGCAGCUUCAGAUCUUGAGGAUGAAAGUGCUAGAUUGACCCCAGAAGCUCAUGCAGCCGCUUGGAAGACUUUGAAGGAGGCAUCAUGCAUCUUGGUUCCAGGUGGAUUUGGUGAUCGUGGCGUCAGUGGGAUGAUAUUGGCUGCAAAAUAUGCAAGAGAGAAUAGUGUUCCAUAUCUUGGGAUAUGUUUAGGAAUGCAGAUUUCUGUAAUUGAAUUUGCUAGAUCUGUUUUGGCUAUAGAAAAGGCAAAUAGUACAGAAUUUGAUGAAAACACGCCCAACCCUGUUGUAAUUUUUAUGCCAGAGGGAUCAAAGACACAUAUGGGCAGCACAAUGAGGCUGGGUUCUCGGAAGACAUUGUUCCGGUCUCCUGAUUGCAUCACUGCAAAGCUGUACAAAAAUUCACAGUAUGUGGAUGAGCGGCAUCGGCAUAGAUAUGAGGUUAAUCCUGAGAUGGUUGAUGCUUUAGAAAAAGCUGGCUUGAAAUUUGUUGGAACGGAUGAAAGUGGAAAGCGAAUGGAGAUUUUGGAACUUCCAAAUCACCCAUUUUAUGUAUGUGUCCAGUUUCAUCCAGAAUUCAAGUCACGGCCAGGGAGGCCCUCAGCUCCAUUUUUGGGUUUUAUCUUGGCCGCGAUAGGGAAAUUAGAUGCACACUUCAAGAAGGGUCUUCAGAAUGGAACGCUAUAGCAACGCCAUUAUUCAGUACUAGGGAAAUCCUGUUAUGUGCGGUUUGAUACACUGAAGACAAAUGUAUUUUAGGAUUGUCAAAGAAAGGGAAACGUGGAAAUUUUGGCUCACUGCUGCUGUUAACAAAGAUGCAUACCAAUACAAGCUGUGCUUCAUGUUGGUUGGGCUUUCAGUGGUUGUUUUUGGCGAAAGCAGAAAACAUUAUAUAUAUGUUUUGUAUUAGAGAUUUAGAGUGUUGCCCAUUUGGUUUCCUUCAAAUUCGUCUGUGUUUCAAGCGAGUGAUGUAGGAUUGUUUGGCUGAUAUUAGAGAUGGCAAAGCUAGGUAGAAUUUUCAUGAUAUGCAAUUUUGAGUUGCUCUAUAAUAUAUGGAAAACACGUCGUUAAAUGUGGAAUGGUUAAGUGUCCCAUGUUUUUGUUUCAA